UAUCAAUUGACUAGGUCGACCACGACUAAUGCAAAAUAUGCUCAGCUGGCGUUAUAUAUGUGCUGCAUGCUGACGCAAAUCUUUUUUUAUUGCUGGUAUGGAAAUAAGGUGAAACUAAAGAGCCGACAACUUGUGAGUAACAUUUUCGAAAUGGAAUGGUAUAUGUUGGAUCAGAAUGUUAAGAAAGCUUUAUUAUUGAUUAUGAAACGUAGCGCAAUACCCAUUGAAUUCACCAGCGCUUAUAUUAUUUCUAUGAAUCUUGAUUCUUUUGUGGGUUUGCUUAAAACAUCAUAUUCAGCUUACAAUAUCUUGCAGCAAGUGUAAUACAAACUGAUACGAUAAAAAUAG